GUGUGAUGCUACUCCCACAGUGCAGAACAUCCCCUAAAUGGAAAUGUUGGUUUCGAGGUUUCUUUUGAUAUAGGUUGUACGCAAACUUUGGCCUUGGCUGGACCGGCGUAUAAUGGGAUAGAGGGGAGCUAUCGAUCGACUGUCGGUCCCCCUGUUGUGCCGGUAUCAAACGCUUAGUUCGCCUCAGCAGCAGACCAGGCAAGACGUUUACAGCCGCACCGGCCUCUAGGAAACCAUCCACCCUGUAGUACAGGUGGGAAUGUAUGACCAUUAGGUUGAUGCAGGCAGCACGGAAGAUGCCACAUACGUGGAUCAGAAGACACUUACCGGAUAUCUUUAACAACUGAAUUCAACAUUAAGACAAAACCUGCACAGCCAUGGCUGACAAGUUAAGCGAACAGCAAAUUAUCGAGUAUCGAGAAGCCUUCAGCGUGUACGACAAGGACGGCGAUGGCAUCAUUGCCAUUAAGGAGCUGUUCAAAGUCAUGUGGUCUCUGGGACAGAACCCCACAGAGAAAGAGAUGGAAAAGAUUCUACAAGACGUGGAUCCUGAUAGUGAGGGAUCCAUCGACUUUGCAGACUUUCUUGCGGUCAUGGCAAAAAGACAGAAAGACACGGAGCAGGAAGAAGAGUUGAGAGCCGCCUUCAGAGCCUUCGAUAUGGAUCAUAAUGGCACAAUUGAUACCAAGGAGCUGAGGAGUGUGAUGACAGACCUUUGUGAUGACAUCACCAAUGAAGAUAUCGACGAGAUGUUUUACCACUUUGACAAAGAUGGCGACGGCAUGAUAUCGUAUGAAGAGUUCAUUAGUGUAGUCAUGGCGGCAGAGAAGGAGAAGGAUGGACAGCCUUAAUGAGCUCAGACCAUAUAAACGCAAGAUGUACAGCAGUAACAAUUAAGAACGAUCAGGCAAUAAAUUACCAGUAGGUUUAUGAAGAAAUCACCUGGGGGAGAUGCGGAUUUUAAUACCAAUAGCAACCAUCAAGGAUACAGCAAUCGCUGCAAUAACACAUAAACUAGACAUAGGAGGUAUUGUUUAAUGAUAUGACCAUCGGGAAAACAUGAAUGUUUGAAUGAUUUAUUGCUGUAUUCACAAGAGCGUUCGGCGCGGUUAUUCAAUGUAUUUGUAGGAAUAUCAUAACUUUCAUGAUUCACGGGCUACAAAGCAUUGCAUCACAGCAAUAUUGAAGACAAAGAAAGUAUUAUAAAGGGUUCAGUAGACAAAAACUCCAAUACCUCUGAGGAAUAUGCUUAAGAAAUCGAAACAGCUACAAGGCACGAGCUGCAUGACAAUGGUGGUCUUUCACCUAGACUGACACUUUUCCAGAACUAUAGCAACAGUUAAAUGCUAAUAAAGCAUUUGAUGCGAGAUUGCAUAUUGCACGAUGUUCUAGACACACAGGUACAUAACAGUUCAAAUAAAAUAAUGAUUUAUUUGUAAUAUAUGAACUGUUGGAACAUGAGGACACAUUAUGCACUAGAGCGUAAAUACCAGCAUGUAACGUCGAGAAAUUUAAAGCUUGUUAACGGGUAUAUUGCAUUUGCAAAUAGAUUAAGCACUAAAUUUUACAGUAUUACAAAUUUGAAAUUGCUGUAGCUUUCUCUCUCGUACGGGGAUAUCAAAAAGUCUGACAUACUUGGACAAACAGAGCAAAUCAAACAUGGCGACUAAUCAAUAGAAUUAGUCUUAGUAGUAAGAUUAUAGGUAAGAAAUAUUAAAUAUAUCAUUGAUAACAAUA